ACCGUGGCUUCCUCACGCCUUACCAAGCUAUUCCUCGCCGCUGUCGCUCUCUUCAUCGCAACAUCCGCCAUCCUGGCUUCAAUCCGACUCGGCGGCCGUGUACCAUCUAUAUUGCAAUACGUGAAGCCCUCGCCUCUACGGCACCCUCUCUACACACAACCGUUUAGGCCGCUCACCAACUCCACCAUGGCUCCCUCGCAAUACAAGACACCGCCCCAGCUGCCGCCCAAGUUCACGGCUACCAAGGAAAGCUUGGUGAAUGACGCGAAGCGACUGAUCGACAGGUCACGAGGUGUCCAAGAUACCAUUGUCCGCGACGUGAAGCCGGAGAGCGCCAACUUCGCAAACGUACUCCUUCCAAUCGCCCAUGAUGACAACAAGAUGGCCAUCGAAUCGCACAUCCUCGGCUUCUACAAUGCCGUGUCCACAAGCAAGGAGCUGCGCGAUGCGUCCAGCGAGGUGGAGCAGAUGCUCGACGACUUCGGCAUUGAGUCGUCCAUGCGUGAGGAUGUCUUCAACCUCAUCGAUGCGGUGCUGAAGAAGGGCGAGGACCUCGACCCGGAGUCCCGGCGGCUGCUCGAGAAGGACCACAAGUCGUUCAUUCGGAAUGGCCUGAACCUUCCUGCGGGCCCCAAGAGGGAUCGUUUCAAGGAGAUCAAGCAGCGUCUGAGUCAAAUCAGCAUCGCGUUCCAGAAGAACCUCAACGAAGAGAACGGAGGGUUGUGGUUUACACCGGAGGAGCUGCACGGCGUGCCAGAAGAUGUCCUCUCAACACUCAAGAAGGGCGAGGGUAAAUCCGAUGGCAAACUGUUCCUGACCUUCAAGUACCCCGAUCUCUUCCCGACGCUUAAGUACGCGACGAACCCGGAGACGCGCAUGAAAGUCUUCGUUGAGAACGAGAACAAGUGCAACGACAACGUACCUCUGUUCAGGGAGGCCAUUCUCCUUCGUGAUGAAGCCGCCCGCCUUCUCGGCUACGACAACCACGCGCAGUUCCGGAUAGAAGAUAAGAUGGCAAAGACUACGAAGACAGUCGAUGAUUUCCUCGGUGACCUCCGCACCAGGCUUGCACCAGGUGGCAAGAAAGAGAUCGAGAAGUUGAUGGCAUUGAAGGAGCAAGAUGUGAAGGAAAAUGGACUUACCGGACCGCUGACCAAAGACUACUACCUCUGGGAUAACCGGUACUACGACCGUCUGUUACUGGAGAAAGAUUAUCAGUUGGACCACCAAGUCAUUGCUGAAUACUUCCCUCUGCAGACGACUAUCCAAGGCAUGUUGAAGAUCUUUGAGGAGCUUUUCGGUCUGGUUUUCGUUGAGAUUGUUGGCGAGGAAGACAGGGCUGCCCUUGCCGACGGCGGUAAGGGUUCCGAUAUUGUCUGGCAUGAGGAAGUGCAGAUCUUCAGCGUCUGGGACGACAAGGGCGAGGGCGAAGGCUUCGUCGGUUAUCUCUACCUCGAUCUCUUCCCCCGGGACGGCAAGUACGGACACGCCGCCAACUUUAACCUCCAGCCUGGCUACAUAGACGAGAACGGCAAGCGACGAUACCCCGCAACGGCUCUAGUCUGCAACUUCUCCAAGCCAACAAAGAAGAAGCCCUCGCUAUUGAAGCACGAUGAAGUCGUCACCCUCUUCCACGAGCUUGGACACGGCAUUCACGACUUGGUAUCGCGGACAACCUACUCUCGCUUCCACGGCACUAACACCGUUCGUGACUUUGUUGAGGCGCCAUCUCAGAUGUUGGAGAACUGGUGCUGGACACCGUCGCAACUACGUUCUCUAUCACACCACUACUCUCACAUCUCGGCCGACUACGAGAAGGCAUAUCUAGAAUCUUCGGGCGCCGACAAGAAGCCAGCGGAACAGAUCCCCCAGUCACUCGUUGCCAAGUUAAUCUCAACCAAGCAUGUCAAUGACGCCCUAUUCAACUUGAGACAGUUGCAUUUCGGCACCUUUGACAUGGCCGUUCACGAGCCUGCCAGCCAUGAAGAGCUUGAGAAGAUGGACAUUACUGAGAAGUACAACUCUUUGAGGCACGAGAUCAGUCAGCUGAAGGGACCUGAGUCGUUGGAAGGUGACAAGAAGGGUGACUGGCACUGGGGUAACGGACAGGCUACGUUUGGCCACUUGAUCGGUGGUUAUGACGCUGGCUACUACGGCUACCUCUCUUCUCAAGUCUACUCCACAGACAUGUUUUACACUGUCUUCAAGAAAGAUCCCAUGAACCCCACCGAAGGCCGUCGCUACCGGCAUACGGUUCUCGAGCGUGGCGGUUCCAAGGAGGAGAUGGACAUUCUUGAAGAAUUUCUCGGUCGCAAGCCCCAAACCGAAGCUUUUUACAAGGAGUUGGGCAUCUCGCAGUAGAAGUGCGGGAAUGUGUGCGUUUCGCAAGAUGUCUGGACCACACAUGGAAUAUGGCAAAAGAGUGGCAUCUUUCGCGCAGGAGACCACGUUGGGCGUCAAGGCUGGUCAAACGAGGAUGUAGACAUCUAUGCAUGAGGAGCCGUUUAGAAAGAUGCCACCCCUUUUUCUGGAUGGAAUGCAACGUGGGCGGAAUGGUUCAGGUAUCACGUAUUUGCUGCUGGUGGGUGGGUGGAUACGGGUCGUCCUGACUUUGGGCCCAGAUGAGGGUUUGUCAAAGACGACAUCGCAUCAUAAGCCAACGCAUUGUUAGCAGAGGUAAAGUAG